ACGCAGUAAUCGAAUCGCAUCGUCAGUCCUUCACGGUAAGCCGGUUCAUUCGGUUAACUUCGUUCGUCUCUGUUGUUUGCAAUAAUCGUCCUCGUAGGUGGCUGCGUACACGCUUUUCUUUCACUCUCUUUUUCUCUCGUGUCAAACAAAAUAAUCCCUUCAGUGAUCAGUAAUCCCCUCGUGCUAUCAUCGCGUACGGUCAGUGCGUAUUGUUGGUGGACAAACUUCCUUGACGACGAGGCUGUUCAGUUUGUGGAUUUCUACCCUCUGCAUCCCUGUGGAUUACUCGACGUCCCGCAACGGGAUCUUCUAUCAAAGGUGAGUGCAGCUGAUCCAAGGUCUCGGGACAAUUUUUCGAUGCAUCCUCCAGUUGCGAUCCGUGGAUAUGGGGUCAGGGACGAGGCGUAGGAUGGGCCCGACCGUGCGAGGAGUCGUGCUACACUGAAGAGGAGGUGCUCCCCUGAAAAAGAGAGAAAAGGAGGAAGGAACGAAGGAUGCCUGCCUCGCAAUCCGCCGCCACAGAGCGGCGAAACGAGAGGAUGAUGACACACGAGCCGCCAAAAUUAAAGACAACCCUGAAAACGCCUCCUAAACAAGCGACCAAUCCCCUUCAAUUCGUCAAAGUUGGACCGUGCUCGUUGUAUCGUACCGCUCAAGAGCAGUUGCAAAAGGUUCAGGAAGUGAAGAAGAUCAAACAGGAGGUUCGCGAUGAUCCUGAAGAUUGGCAAUCGAAUUUGGACAACUGGAAAAGCAGUCGAAGGAAGCGUCAAGAGCACAUAAUCGAGCGGGUGGUCGAGGUGAAGAAACUCGAGCUGGAGGAACAUGAUCGGCAGCGUCGUCGAAGCAAGACUUUCUCAGAAAUGAUGGAAGAGAGGGGCAAUAGGGGUCGCAAACUGAGCAUCAGCUUGGCCAUGUACCACGAAGAAGAUGCCAACGACCUGAGCGACCUUGGUAUAGGAACCAGCAGCGGAAAGAGCUCGGUUAGCGGCGACACACAUGAUGACACACACAGUGUCUUGAGCGACAGAGACAGCGAAAUCGAGAAGAAUCACUCGGACGUGGACAACGUGGCGAGCGAGAGCAUGAUAGGCAGCGACAACACGACAUCAUCGACGACCACGACAGCAACGACUACGACGACGAAGAAACCGUUCGGGAACGGCUUCCACAGCAACCAUAAUCACAACAACCAAGAGUACGAUUCGGCGACCACAGCGACGACCAGCUCUCCGGAACCGGAAGAGUACACGUACGAAGGUGCGAUCCGUGGUUACGUGUCUCGAGUAUCGCAAAACAUACCGAGGCGAUCCUUAGCCAGUUUGGAUGCUAAAUUGGAAAGCUCGAAGUCAUCGACGAACGGCUCUAAGACGAGCUUAAACGACGACACAAAGUCCGCUGUGCCGGUAGUGAAGGUGGACAUCCUGAAGAGGCGAGAGAUCUUCGAGAAAGCAUCGCAGAAGAACAGCGAGAGUAAAGCGAACAACAGGCUCUCCGGCGAUUUCACCAACACGAAAUCGAUCAAGGAAAGGCUGUCCAACUUGGAGAAGCAGAAGCACGACGCAGAGAGCAAUGACAAAACUGGAAAGGCGUUGAGCAGACUGUCCGGUGACAUGAGCUCAAUACGUGAGAGAUUAUCACACCUGGAGAAACAGGCCUCCGAGAGGGAAAACAAAAAUUCGGCGCAUCGUAAGCUGAGUACCGAGGAAUUGGAGACAGUCAGACCUCUUAGAGAGAGAUUGUCCACUCUAGAAAAGUAUAGCAGCAGCGACGAGUCAUCCGCACCGGGUACAGCUCACGAGUCCAGACACAAUGGCGAGUUGUCAGCCAGGACGAUCAAGGAUCGCUUGAACGCCCUGGACGCUGCUAGGAGCAAGGAAGCCGAGAAGAGAUCCUCCGUAGUCAAGCACUCGCUGUGCUUCCGGGACCAGGAAAAUAGAAUCGACACUUCGACUCCCAGCGAAAGAAGCUCGUCACCCGAUUCGGAGUACCGAGUGCCCAGGGCAGCCUUCCACCGAAGCCUGGACUCUCUGGACGCUGAUGCCUCCAGUGGUCCCGACACCUUCGAGCGUGUACAAAGCCUGGAGGAACUCGAUUAUGGCAGACGUUACCCGGCAUCCUCGUCGUCAGCUGAAUUGUUGAACGAUACCGAUCGAGAGGAUUCAGGGAUUCAUACAGCAGACGUGAGCUGCUCUGUUAGCCAAGCUGACGAACCGGUGGAUGAGGAUAUCGUGCAUACCAGCACGAUUAUUGAGAGACAACAGGAAGUGAUCCAAGAGACACCGGAAGAACCUCGUGACGUCGAGACAGUUGACGAUACUGUCUCUGAACAGUGCACCGCGGGAUCCGUGAACGACAUUUCGACUUCUGCCAGCCAGCCGGAAGCAGUAGUAACAAAGAAGGGUACUGCUGACACUUCUGGGGAACUGUCGACUAACAAAUCACAAUCGCAGGCACACACAGAGGUUACUAACUCUAGUACACUUCGUCCCUGUCCUGCUACGAGUCGCCCGAUCGUUUAUCAAAGUCCCAAAGUACCUCCGCGAAGAACACCUCCCGAAACUCUUCCCAAACCAAAGUUACCCAUCUUCAAAGAUCAAGUCGAAAGCAAAGCAGACUCCCAGUCUGCUAAAGAGUCUGCCAAGUUUUGCUCCGAAGAGCAAGAUUCCAAACGUAGCGUCGAUGAAACGAAUCAGAGUCCCUCGAAAGAGGACUCAUCCAAAACUACGACCUCUUCGCCAUCACCCGACUCAGCCAUAGUAGACAGUUGUCCUCUGUCGCCUGUCAGGACGGCGAUCGUCCCGACGAACCUUCAACUAGACCCAAACACUACCUCAUCCAAAGAAGUUCCAAAAACCACCCCAGUCACCUCUCCACGCGCACUCUCCAAGAUUCCUACCCCGCUUCCUCGAAAGACAAUAGGCGCUAAAUCAUCCCCGACGAGUUCCACGUCUUCCCUAAGCCCACCCAUCUCACCAUCCUCUCCCAAAACACCAUCCAUAAAGGUAAGAAGCAUUAAGAGUCCAACUAAUCAAUCGUCGCCAUCUCCUCAGUUCUCGAAAGCCUCAGAAAUACCCGUACCUGUUUCUCCCUCGUCCACUUCGGAACAGUCCUCGAAACACGUUCCCAGUCCCAAACACCAGGUGACGGUGGGCGAAGAGACACUAGCUGCGGAGAGACGGCGAACGGUGGUGGAGAUUUGCGAGAAGGUGGUGGUACCACGUGGCAAGACACCCACUAGCCCUCCAGUGACGCCAUUCAUCACGGUGGAUCGCGUCGGUGAGAAGCAGAGCUCAACGACCGAGGAACCGAUCGUUACCGAGAAAGCGGACGAAGAGGAAGCAUCGACGAUCUGCCAGACGAGCUCACCAGUCGUCCACGAAGAGCACGAGGGAAAGGAAACUGCGAUGAUCGAGACUUUUGAACCACCGCGAAAGUCGAUCGAAGAGUCGAUCGAUGCACACGAUGCACCUGAGAAGGAGGUGGCGAACGUCCCUGCUGCUGAAAGACCGACGACCUUGACCCUCGGCAAACCGGAAAUCCCGAUGAUGGACACGAUGAAUCUACUCAGCCCGGUAUCGCCCAUCUCGAAACAGAUUCUGCCACUGAAUUUGUCCAGUGAUGAGGAAAUAGUCACAGGACUAUCGUUUCCUCUGGGACCACCAACCAGUGUGGAACCUCCGAAAGAAAAACCACCCCCACCACCAGUAGAUGUCAGCGAUGAAGAAAAUCUUCCAAUAGAACCCUUGAAGAGAUUGAAUUCUACCCGUAGAAUAAAAAAGGAACUUCGUACCAGACGCUCUGAUUUUCUUGGAAUCGAAGGGGUAAACGAUGACGAGUUGGAACGCGAGCUUACCCUGACGAAACCACCAGACAUGGCAGCGAUUCUCGCCGAAGAGAGACGCAUCGAGCAACUUCAUCGUCGUUCCUACGACACAGACAGCAACUAUGAGCAAGACUCCAGCCACGAAAGAGAUUCUGGGGUUGAAUUAGGCCAUGCCGAAGACUGGACGAAACAACCGGUCAGCCCUGAUAUGUCCCAACAUAGCAGGCAAAGUAGCGAACCGUUUGGUGCGAGUGUCACUUCCUCGGAGGAAGACGAAAUCACGAAGAAAGAAAGGGAAAUCAUCGAGGUGCUUGAGAAGGAGGAACAGUGGCGGUACGGGAACAAUCGUGAAUUGAACAGUGACUUGGGCGAGAAAUUGGCGCACAAGCUGCGCGAGCUCGAAGAGGAGAAGAUGCAACUGGAGCGGGAACGCGCCCAGGAAACGGCCCUUCGCCGACAGGAAGAGACUCUACGAAAGAACGAGGACAACAUGCGCAAACAGGAGGAAACGUUGCGCAAACAACAAGAGGAAACCGCUAGACAACAAGAAGCGGCACGUGCCGAGGCUGAAGCGAAACGCGCUGAAGAGAUGAGGCAGAAAGAGGAGGAACUCAGGGUGCAGGCGGAACAAUUGAGGAUUCAGAAUGAAAUUGAGGAAGAAAGGAGAAUCGCUGAUGCUCGUAGAAUCGAAGAGAAACGCAUCAGGGCUAUGGAAAAUCAAAUUCGCGAGCAAGAGAACACAACAUUGAGUGGUGCUGGUUUGAACGACGAAGAAGACGAAUUUGCUUCUGGGGAAGUACUCAGAGUGGAAAGGGAAUUGCUUCAGUUAGAACAGGAAGAAUUGAAACGUCAACGAAACAAUCUAGCAUACCGCGAACAAAAGCAGCUUAAACUGGCAGAACAAUUACAGGAACAAUGGAAAUCGUUGCAAGAUGUUGCACAUAGCUCGGCGAACAACAUUCAACCAUUCAAAAGUCAGCCACCGGUGAAUUAUAGGUCAUCGAUGCCGAAUCUUCAGCUUCAAGACGCGCAAAGAAGAAGACCUCCACCUCCUCCGAUACCUCCGGCUAAACCGUUGCGUUUGGUAGAUCAAAGGCAAAGGGAUGUUACUAUUAGAAACAGCAGAAUUCCAUCGGCGGAUUCGAUUCCUCAACAAGUGGAUGCAUCCUUGAGACACAGUGCAUCGGUCACGACACUUUCGAGCCAUGCAGGCCAACAGAUGAGCAGACAGACGUUGCAGGCGCUUAGUGCAGUUCCUCGACCACGAAUUGUUCAGAGCGAUCAGUGGGUGCAACGAAGGAAGAGCGACGUGCCAAGGGGUGCUCACGAUUUGAAUUAUCAGCACUGGCUCAUUCAAGAAGCGGAGCAGAGAAGAAUUAGCGAAAAGAAUCAGCGAUCCCCAGGCCGGAAAUCUCAGAUGCACGUAACAGGAACCUCGGUUCCUUAUGCUACCGCUCCAACGAGGACGGACAGUAAACCAUUACCUGAUUCUAUUAUACAAACCCUCACACAAAGGGUGCAAAACAGAGCGCAAGAGAAGCCUCUACCACCCAGAAGAAGAUUGGAACAUAGUUCCAGCCAGGAACAUCUGUCUACGUUGCACCAACCGCAGCAACAUGUGCUCCAGCAACAAAAAUCUCAACAACCACCACCGAUCAACAAUGAAAAUCAGGAGAAAAUGUUGAGCGUCAGUGGUAAAAAGAAGUGUUCGCAUUGUGGAGAUGAAUUAGGUCGAGGUGCUGCAAUGAUCAUCGAAAGCCUGCGACUGUUCUAUCACAUGGAAUGUUUCAAGUGCUGCGUGUGUCAUGUGCGGCUCGGUGACGGACUAAUGGGAACAGACGUGCGUGUUCGGAAUCACAAGCUUCACUGCCAUAACUGCUACUCCAGUGACGACGGUGUCAAGUUCAGUUGCGUGUGAAACGAAACGGAACCAGGCUAAUGGGUGCACACUGACUAACUUGAAUAUAGCAUCGUCCGGCUAUAUUUUAUAAGUUAUAGUUGACCAUUUAGCUAGCCGUAACACGCGAGAGUGACGCCAACAGAUUUUCUUUUUAUAUUUCUGUACAUAACACUCCGACAGACAAAAAAAAAGCAAACCAGAUCAAUGAACACGAGAAGUUCACCUUUCUCGUAAAUUUUAUUUUGAACUGGUAACAAGAUUUCUUUUCAAUCGACUAACCGUUAGAACGUGUAAAUAAACGUGUAUUUAUGUAAUUAGCGUAAAGAUAGGGAAUUGAGAGAAGAAAUCACAAAGGCAGCUGUUGUCCGCCGUUUAGCCUCGAUAUCGGCAAUCAUUCACUGUAUAUUUUUGUAAUAUAGUUACCCCGUGGUAUUUAUGAAAGAUCCCGGAUAUAUGAAGGCUAUAAUAACACAACAAACCCUCUAUCCUUUACACUUCUAUAUUUUCUCUCUAUUUUUAUUAAUUUUUUUUUUCAGUGCUUACAAUCAGUAGAUGAUUUUUAAUUUCAGUUAAAUUGAUUGAUUCCUUUUAUGAAGAUCGUUCGGAUCUUUUAAUUGAUCGUUAACACAUAGAAGCUGCAUAACGAGAUGCGAUUUCGAGUAUUAAUUUCUUUUUUUUUUUCUUUCUUUAUUUUCUUCUGAUACCGAUGGGACGAUGAUGGCCAAGGGGGUAUCUAUCGUUCGCAUUGGUAAUGCUAAUUUGCUAUUGUGAAAUAUUGUAUGAUACGUAUCUCGUGUUACUGCAACAUGUAAUUUUAUAUAUUAUCGAGAAUAAAUGUUUAUUAUAGCGA